GAACCUUGAGAAACACACUUAUCCAUGGUUUUUCUUUCUUCAUUUGCCUUUGUAUACUUAAACCCUAAUUAACUUUAGUUUCUUUCAUGCAUGAUUGAUUAGUAGUAGCAGUGAUAACGAAACACCCUACUCUUCCUUCUCUUUUAAUUUGAUCUUAUUAUUUUGUGGUAACCCUCAAGUCAAGUUUUUUCUUCUCAAAGUGAAUCAUAAAAAUUCAACCCAAAAUUGAACAAAGAGUUUUGUCUCUCCAUGCAAAAGGAAAAGGAAUCAAUCACCACCAAUAAGGAGGGGACUAAUAAGAAGGAGAUAGAAAUAAUGGAAGGUUGCAAUGGAAAGGAGGAAACCCUACCACCUGGGUUUCGAUUUCAUCCAACCGACGAAGAACUCAUUACUUGCUAUCUCAUAAACAAGAUCUCGGAUUCAAACUUUUCAGGCAGGGCAAUAACUGAUGUUGAUCUCAAUAAAUGUGAGCCAUGGGAGCUUCCAGGGAAGGCGAAGAUGGGAGAAAAAGAAUGGUACUUCUUCAGCCUGAGGGACCGGAAGUACCCAACUGGGGUGCGAACGAACCGAGCCACGAACACCGGGUAUUGGAAGACCACCGGAAAAGACAAAGAGAUCCUUAAUAGUGUUACAUCGGAGCUAAUUGGGAUGAAGAAAACUUUGGUUUUCUACAAAGGAAGAGCCCCCAGGGGAGAGAAGAGUAAUUGGGUCAUGCAUGAAUAUCGCAUUCAUUCUAAAUCCACCUUUCGAACAACCAAGCAGGAUGAAUGGGUGGUUUGCCGUGUGUUCCAGAAGAGUGCCGGGGCAAAGAAGUACCCUUCUUCCAACCAUGCAAGUAGGGCAAUGAACCCUUUCAACCUUGAAAUAGGUCACCACAAUAUUGUGCCGCCGCCGCCAAUGAUGCAACUCGGAGACCCUGCCGCCGCUCAUUUCCUCUAUGGAAGGAACUAUAUGAAUACUGCAGAGUUAGCAGAAGUAGCUAGGGUUUUGCGUGUUGGUACUGGAUCAACCAGUACCAACCUGCCCGGGAUGCAGCCUCAGAUAAAUUAUCCAGUGGCUGCGUCUCCAGGAAUUGGAUUCACAAUUUCAGGACUCAAUUUAAAUCUAGGAGGCGGAGGAGGCGAAACAGUAGUGGCCACAACACAACCAGUUUUGCGGCCCAUGCAGCCGACUCCUCCGUCCCAAACAUUGGGUAUGGUUCCUCAUCAUCAAGUUCAUCAUGAUGUGAGUUCCAACAUGAUUUCAACAAAUUCCCUUGGUGCUGAGAAUGUGGGUUACGUCAAUGAAAUAAGCAACACAAAUGGUGGUCAUGGAAAUAGGUUUAUGGGCAUGGAUCAUUGCAUGGAUCUUGAUAAUUACUGGCCUUCCUACUAAAUAAAGGAGAGAGACCCUACUUCAUUUUGUUUAAUUAAUUAUUAUACAUAAUUUAGUGUUAUAAGCUAAGUUGGAUAA